AUCAUAUAAUGUGCAACUUCAACUGUUGCCAAAUUUCAACAGAUCCCAAGAUCUAGACAGGUACGUGGAUGAGGCCGAUCAAUUCUACGCGAAUCCACUGAAGUUUCUAGAUGAUCACUUCGAACCUGUGACCAUACCAUCAUCUUCUGUUAAUCAGAAUGGUACGUUACGAAGGUGGCCGAGUCAUUUGGUAAUCUUCGAGGCGUUGCUGAAGGAUCUCGGAUCGGUAUUAUCGGGUUAUGAUUAUGUGCAAUUCAAUGGUAUCUUUCUGACGCAUUUGUUGAUAAGACGACUCCGGAGUUCUAUCGAUCCUAAAUCCUAUACCCCUAUACUAAAGUUCUUUAACACUUUUACGCUGGAGUCAAAUAUCUAUCCCUUUAGACCCUGCAUUUCCAUGCUAGUCGUCCACGUUCUUAAUCCAAGCAGAAUACCCGGGCAUACUAUACAUUGGCUUUUAUCUUUUAUACGUGAUGAAGCCUUAUGGUUGUUGCAAGAUGUUGAUCGGGACACUGCUUCUUCACAAGCUCCAGUGUCCGAAAAUAUUUCAUCCUUCCUUUCCGAACAAUUUAGCAAG